AUGUCAAAUCAAUUUGCAACUGACAUCACAGGGUCAUCGUCAGACGAUGAUGACAUGGUUAUAGCACACCAAUUCCAAAACAUGCUCAGUAUGUAUAGGAUGAGAGAACCUCUGAAUGAUAGUAGUUACACAGGACCUGUUAGGGUAGCUGAGGUUCUUGCAGGUCAUGCUGACGUGUGUUACCAAGAGUUUAGACUCGAGAGACAUGUAUUUCUCAGCCUGCGAGACCGAUUGGUACAUAGAGGUUGGUUAGUAGACAACCGUUUCAUUCGAGUAGAUGAGCAGCUAGCGAUGUUCCUCAUGAUAGUAGGUCAAGGCUUGAGUAAUAGACAAAUGCAAUGCCGAUUCAAUCAUUCAGGACAGAUGAUUAGUGCUGUCUUCCACACGGUGUUGCAAGCAAUGCUAAAUUUGUCGCUUGAGACAAUCAGGACAACAAACUUUGAUGUGGUACCUCUAGAGAUAACCAACAAUCCAAAGUACUAUCCAUAUUUCAAGGAUUGCAUUGGUGCUAUUGAUGGCACCCAUAUAAGUGCCAUCGUACCUAGGUUGGAAGAGACACGUUAUCAUAAUCGAAAGGGAAAAUAUUAUGUUGUUGACUUGGGCUACGCCAGUCAACUGGGGUACUUGGUGCCAUUCCGGGGACAAAGGUAUCACUUGCAAGAUUAUGGUGAAGGUAGGCCUGGGCCAAGAACAGCUAAGGAAUUGUUCAAUCACAAACAUUCGUCACUACGGAAUGUUAUUGAGAGAACAUUCGGUGUAUUGAAAAAUAGAUUCCAUAUAUUAAAAAGUAUGAAGGCAUACGAUAUUGAAGAUCAGUCAAGAAUCGUGGUCACUUGUUGUGGGAUCCACAAUUACAUUAAGGAACAAGCAAUUCAAGAUCAGUUGUUCAAUGAGGUUGGAGGUGAACAAAAUAUUGAUGACCCAAUGAAUCCUGAUACUCGUGCAUACCAUACUUCUGCAUCUGAUGUCCCCAGAGACUAA